GGAAUAGCAGGGAGAAGAUGAACACAAAUGUUGGAGAUGGAGAUAACAUUGGUGAUGAAUGUGAACACAUUCCAAAGACAAGCAUGAAGUUUCCUACAAAAGAUGCAGUUUAUGAUUUCUACAAAAAGUAUGCCAAAAGUGUUGGCUUUCCUGUUAGACACCGCACUUCAAAGAAGGAUAAAGAAGGGAACUUGAUCGCGUUUGUACCAGAGUGCUCACGUGCAGGAAAAAAAGGUAGUAGGUCGAAAAACUGUUUGAAACCUCAACCUUCCAUGCAAAAUGGUUGCCUAGCGAGGAUAAGAGAAAAGAUAGAUUAUGCCGGCUCAUGGGUAAUAUCACAAGUUUUUUGAACCAUAAUCAUCCUAUGAGUCCCACGAAGUCUAGAUUAUUCCGUUGUUAUAGGAAGUUGACAAUGAAAAUAAGGCACC